AUGCUGCCCCUCACCACCCCUACCCCCCAGCUCGCAAUGGGUGUGACGUCCGUCCAGCCUUUGGGUCCCAGAGGGCUCAGGUCAUAUUUUGUCACCAUCGUCACCACCAGUUCAUUGUCCAGCCCCUCGGGCCACCGACCUCGCCCUGAUUUCUGCGUCCCAAGGACCCCCAGUUCCGCUGAAGGGAACCGACAGCAUCUUCAGGGAACCGUCGACCUUUCCGAGGGGCGCCUGUCGGAUCAGCAGAAAUUCCAGGGCUGGAUUUCCUUUUGUUUCAGCAUGUUAAUAAUAUUGUCUGCGUCUCUGUGUUGGUCUUGUUCAGUUACUAAGUCGUUUCUGACUCUUUGCGCCCCCAUGGACUGCAGCACGCCAGGCUUCCCUGUCCUUCACCACCUCCCGGAGCUUGCGCAAACUCAUGUUCAUCGAGUCAGUGAUGCCAUCCAACCAUCGCCUCCUCUGUCGUCCCCUUCUCCUCCCGCCUGCAAUCUUUCCCAGCAUCAGGGUCUUUCCGAAAGAGUCAGCUCUUCACAUCAGGUGGUCAGAGUAUGA